AUGUCAGAAAACUCCAGAGAUAAGAGCAACGCAGCAAUUAGCGGCAAUCGUUCGGUACUUUCCGUUGCAUCCCCAACGAAACUGAACAUAUUAUCGUCGGAUUGGUCUAGAAACCAGGGUAAAGUUUCUAAAAAUUCAUUGAAAAGGUCGAGCUCAUUGAACAUCAGAAACACAAAACGCACCAAUUUGCAAGCUUCUGCCAAUCAUAUUCAUGCAAGACCCAAAAUUACAAUCGGAGCACCACCUCUGAUCAGACGAGAUUCUUCAUUUUUCAAAGAUGAAUUCGAGGUCAAGAAGGACAAACCAACAUUUUCAGUAUAUUCCUCUCGUUCAUAUACCGCAACUGGGUCAGACAGUGCAACCCCUCAAACAUCUCUAUCGCAGCCAACGACCUCUAGAGAUUCUGAUGAACAGUUUACUGUGGCAGCAGAUAGGUACAUUCCAAUUCUACAGGGUGCUUCUCAAAAUAAAGUCGAUCCUGAAACUUUGCACGAGGCGCUACCACCUCCUAACGCUUCCCCAAUCUCGCACUUGAGGGCACAAACUAAAAUAGUCUUUAAACAAAAUGUAGCUGAGGCGUGUGGCCUAGAUAUGAAUAAAAGAAUACUACAAUACAUGCCUGAACCACCAAAAUGCUCUUCCUCCAGACAGAAAAGCUAUAUUAUGAAGAAAAGGACACACUAUAGUUAUCAGCAAGAACAAAAGAUCCCGGACUUAAUAAAGUUGAGAAAAAUCAACACCAAUCCAGAAAGAAUUCUUGAUGCACCCGGUUUUCAAGACGACUUUUAUUUAAACUUGUUAAGUUGGUCCAAGAAAAACGUCUUGGCUAUAGCACUGGAUACUGCAUUGUAUCUGUGGAAUGCCACCAGUGGGGAUGUUUCAUUGUUAACAGAUUUUGAAAACACUAAAAUAUGUAGUGUUACUUGGUCUGAUGAUGAUUGUCACAUUUCUAUCGGUAAAGAGGACGGGAAUACAGAAAUUUGGGACAUUGAAACCAUGUCUUUAAUAAGAACUAUGAGGUCCAAUCUGGGAGUUCGCAUUGGCUCGUUGUCUUGGUUAGAUACACUAGUCGCAACAGGAAGCCGCAGUGGAGAAAUUCAAAUUAAUGAUGUCAGGAUCAAACAGCAUAUCGUAUCUACAUGGGCAGAGCACACAGGCGAAGUCUGUGGCUUGAGCUACAAAAGUGACGGACUACAACUUGCGUCUGGUGGUAAUGACAACACCGUAAUGAUUUGGGAUACGAGAACUUCUUUACCUCAGUUUUCGAAAAAGACGCAUACUGCAGCUGUCAAGGCACUAAGUUGGUGUCCAUACUCGCCAAACGUUUUAGCCUCCGGGGGUGGCCAAACAGAUAAGCAUAUCCAUUUUUGGAAUAGUAUAACGGGCGCAAAGGUCGGUUCAAUCAAUACCGGAUCUCAGGUGAGCUCUUUACACUGGGGCCAAAGUCACACAUCCACUAGUGGUGGUGCCACAAUGAACAAGGAAAUUGUUGCUACAGGAGGCAAUCCGGAGAACGCCAUUUCUGUUUAUAAUUAUGACACGAAAUUUAAAGUUGCUGAAGUAGUCCAUGCUCAUGAAGCAAGAAUAUGUUGCUCUCAGUUAUCCCCCGAUGGGACCACAUUGGCUACUGUUGGAGGGGAUGAAAACUUAAAAUUUUACAAGAUCUUUGAUCCAAGAAGCACAGAAAGACUCAGAGAAAAAGGCGGAGUCAUGGAUGGUAUGCUGGGCAUGAUUGGCAAGGAAGAAUGUGGCAGAAAUGAUAAAGAGAAUCGUUCUAAGAGUUCGAAUGAGAUUCAUACAAGACGGCCUUCUUCAAGCACCAGCCAAUUUUUAAUUAGAUGA